AUGUUUGAUCGCAAUGGGGACGGCCAGAUCACCAAGCAGGAGUUGAAUGACUCUUUGGAGAACUUGGGCAUCUUUAUCCCGGAUAAGGAGCUCUUCAACAUGAUCCAAAAGAUUGACGUAGACGGGGACGGGUGCGUCGACAUUGAUGAGUUUGGAGAGUUGUACCAGUCUAUCAUGGAUGAGCGUGAUGAGGAUGAAGACAUGAAGGAGGCGUUUAAUGUGUUUGAUCAAAAUGGAGACGGGUUCAUCACCGUUGAUGAGUUGAGGUCGGUUUUGUCCUCGCUCGGGCUUAAGCAGGGGAGGACUAUAGAGGACUGCAAGAGGAUGAUCAUGAAGGUGGAUGUGGAUGGAGAUGGAAGGGUCAACUACAAGGAGUUCAAGCAAAUGAUGAAGGGAGGUGGGUUUAGCGCAUUGAGUUAA